AUGAUCACCCUUUUGUCGGCCCUGUUCGGCAGCGUAGUAUAUGCCGCUACGCAGACCGUGUUAGGGCCAGAGGGGGCUGAUCCCUUUACGGUGUUUCGCAGCCCACACUCACCGGCAUUUUCAAUUCGCAUCCAGGAGCAGAAUGACUCGAUCUGUGAUGCUCGUUCACCCCAAUUCACUGGUUGGCUCGACAUUGGCCCGAAGCAUCUUUUCUUUUGGUAUUUUGAAAGCCAGAAUGACCCCUUCCAUGAUCCCCUAACGCUAUGGAUGACUGGGGGCCCAGGAGACUCGAGUAUGAUUGGACUUUUCGAAGAAGUUGGCCCUUGCCGGAUUAAUGAGUUUGGGAAUGGAACAGAUCACAACCCCUGGGCCUGGACCAAGAAUUCAUCACUUCUUUUUGUUGACCAGCCAGUCGAUGUCGGGUUUUCCUAUAUCGAUGAGGGCUAUGAGCUGCCUCAUGACUCACGUGAAGCCGCGGUGGACAUGCAUCGGUUCUUGCGAUUAUUCAUAUCCGAGAUUUUUCCUCACAAACAGUUCCUUCCCGUUCACCUUUCCGGUGAAUCUUACGCAGGCCGGUACAUUCCUUAUCUGGCGACCCAAAUCUUGGAACAAAAUGAACUGUAUAAAGAUAGCCCCAGGAUACCGCUGAAAUCGUGCUUGGUGGGUAACGGAUUCAUGUCACCCAAGGAUGCAACGUUCGGGUAUUGGGAAACACUGUGUACUACUAACUCAGGAGUCCCAUCUCCUAUCUUCAAUGAAACUAGGUGCGAUAUUAUGGCGGCGAAUAUGCCGCACUGUAUGGAUCUAUAUGACAUAUGCAUUCAACACUCAGACCCCGCGAUAUGUCAUGCGGCCCAGUCCGUCUGUUACGAUAGUGUUGUAGGGCUCAUGGCCAAAUUAUUGCUAAGGAUGACGACAGUCACUGCACCUUGUGAGAUCGACGAAAUGUGCUAUAUCGAAGCGGCUCUAAUUGAGAGAUAUUUGAAUUCGCCAUCUGUUUGGGAGGCCCUGUCGCCACCGCAACAGGUUACCGAAUACAAAUUCGUCGCUACUUCUGUUAUUGAUGCAUUUGCUCAAUCAGCGGACGGCAUGGUGUCGAGCUCGAAGCAGAUCGCUUUCUUACUCGCAAAUAAUGUUGACUUCUUAGCGUAUCAAGGCAACCUUGAUCUCGCCUGUAAUACGGCUGGCAACCUACGUUGGGCGAACUCGCUUUCUUGGAAAGGCCAGACAGAAUUUACCGCAAAGCCCUUACUUCCGUGGGAAAUUCAGGUUUCGGUCGGUGAAGGGACGGACGAAACGUCACGCUUUGCCUUUGUGACUGUGGACAACGCUGGACACCUGUUGCGGGACUCAAAGAUUUCAAACUGA